AUGGACCCCCCGAAGGCACCUCGGGCGAACCCAAUAGCUUUCACACCUUGGCCUGUCACGCUCAUCACCGCGGUCGUGUAUCUUGCCUUCGUGAUCCCUCUGCUGGUUGUCCACCAUGUCGUACCACCAGCUCCCAGCUCGAGUCCUGACGGCCUCAAUAUUACCGAAGCUUGGAGCGACCUUCAAGUCCUGACAUCGGGGUACCGCCCUUACAACUCACGCCAGAAUGACAAGAUCCACGAAUGGUUGUUGCUGCGCAUCAACGAGAUCUUGAACGCCGCGCCGGCCGCGACCGCCGACGAGAAGAAACCGGAUGUUUUCGUCUUCGAUGAUACGCGCUCAAACCUGACGCUUACCCGUGAUAAUCUCGCUGUAUAUUUUGAAGGAACCAACAUACUUGUGUAUAUUCGGGGCGAGGACGAUGACCUGGAACAUUGGUGGGAGCUGCCGGAGGGAACUCCGAAGGGCAAAGGAGGCGUGCUGGUGAACGCCCAUUACGAUAGCGUCUCGACUGGGUAUGGCGCAACGGACGAUGGAGUCGGAGUCGUGACUUGCUUGCAGCUGGUUAAAUACUUCACAACCCCCGGACAUGCGCCUCGGAAGGGACUGGUGGUGCUGUUCAACAAUGGCGAGGAAGACUUUUUAAACGGCGCGCGCGUGUAUAGCCAACACCCAUUAUCGAGGUUUCCGCAUACAUUCCUCAACCUGGAGGGUGCGGGCGCUGGCGGUCGCGCAGUGCUCUUUCGCAGUUCCGAUGCAGAGGUUUCUGCGUUUUAUAUGCGGUCACAGCAUCCUUUUGGGUCUGUGCUGGGCUCAGAUGGCUUCAAAGCGGGACUUAUCCGAAGCCAGACUGAUUAUGUCGUGUUCGAGGGCGAUUUGGGACUUCGAGGGCUUGAUGUCGCAUUUAUGGAGCCGAGGGCUCGAUAUCAUACCGACCAGGACGAUACUAGGCAUACUAGCAAAGAUUCCCUGUGGCACAUGUUGUCAACCGCGGUCGCAACUACAGAGGGUCUUGUGUCUGACUCGAGUGAUCGGUUUGAUGGACCAUCGAGGGACGAUCACAAGAUAGCGAGCGGGACAGGCAAUUCGGCUGUUUGGUUCGAUCUUUAUGGAAGCACGUUUGUGCUCUUCCGCUUGCAUACUCUGUUUGCUUUGUCGGUCACCCUGCUAGUGGUCACGCCACUAGUUCUUCUCUUGACGAGCAUAAUCCUCACCAAAGUCGACAAGAUGUACCUCUUUAGGACUUCUGUCCGGCCGGAAGGCAGCCUGGAGACGCUUCCUCUAUACGGUGACCGAGGACUCAUGAGAUAUCCAUUCUUGCUAGGUGUCCCGACUGCUGUCACUGUGGGCCUGGCGUACUUGCUCACCAAGGUCAACCCGUACAUUGUCCACAGCAGUCAGUACGCGGUGUGGAGCAUGAUGGUGUCCGCCUGGACGUUUCUGGCCUGGUUUGUCUCCCGGGUGGCUGACUUUGCGCGCCCGUCUGCUUUCCACCGCGUCUACACCUUUACCUGGACCUUUGUUUUCAUGUGGGUUCUUCAAGUCAUCGCAACUGUCUAUCAGGACCGCUGGGGCUUGGGAGGUAGUUACUUUAUCUUUUUUGGAUUUGCAGGAACCUUUCUAGCUACGUGGAUCUCGUAUCUUGAGCUCUUUUCCCUGCCGCGGAAGUCCGAGUAUGCUAACCAGGUUCGGCCGGUGUCGAGACGAGCCAGCAGCCAUGGCAGCCGACUCGGAGGGCUUUCUGACGAGGAUGGAGAAGACGAGGAGGAGGACGAUGAGGCGCCGACUGAAUCAACGUCGCUGCUUGGUAGCCGGCAGCGUACUACAUUCGCAAACUACGUUCGAGUGAGCGCGGACCCUGCAGACCACUCAGAUACCGAGGAUCAUUCGCAGGAUAUCAACGUGUACGGUCUCGAGCAACGAUGGAGUGCUUCUCUGCCUAAAUGGUUAUGGGUGCUGCAAUUCCUUCUCGCGGCUCCAAUUAUCCUCAUUUUGGUUGGGCCCAUAUCUUUACUUCUGACUAGUUCCCUACAUCAGACUGGACAGGACGGAAGCUCUUCGCUUUUUAUCUACAUUGCCAUUGUUAUACUCACAACUCUACUGUUAACUCCGAUCCUGCCGUUUAUUCAUCGAUACACCUACCACAUUCCGCUCUUCUUGCUGGCUAUCUUUGUGGGCACCAUGAUCUAUAACCUUGUUGCUUUCCCAUUCUCCGACUCCAGCCGGCUCAAGCUAUUCUUUAUUCAGGAGGUGGAUCUCGAUACUGGCUUGAAUACUGUCUCACUAACGGGCGUUCAACCUUUUGUCCAUGACGUUGCGGUUGGUCUACCAAGCGCGGCGGGCCAGAAUGUCACCUGCAAUCCCCUUGGGGAUAGAGUCCAAUGCUCCUGGGCUGGAAUCCCUCCACACGUCCUCACAGAAGACAAACCUUUCGAGGAAUGGCUCUCAUUCGCAGUCUCUCGGUCUACCGACAAACCGCGCCACGCUCAACUCCAAAUUUCCGGCCAAAACACCCGCGCGUGCAAGGUCUUUUUCGAUACCCCAAUCAAGAACUUUCAUGUUGCCGAUUCCGCGUACGACCCUCGCUUCCCGCACACAUAUGCCAAGGGAAUCAAGGAGAUCCGACUCUGGAGUCGUACGUGGGAUAACACAUGGACAGUGGAUCUGGAAUGGUUCAACCCGGACAGCUCGUCGGACCACAGUAAUACCUCUGGCUCGCUCACCGGGCAAAUUAUCUGCCAAUGGAGCGACUAUAACCAGCCGGAUGCCAUUCCGGCUCUUGACGAAGUACGACAGUACGGUCCCGCAUGGAUAGGCGUGAGUAAAUUGGCCGAUGGGCUUGUGGAGGGUCGGAAGGCGUUUGAAAUCACCUAG